AUGAUCGUCACCAGGAAUUCCGUUAAUCGUGCAACUAUCGUCUGCAUUAUGGCCAUGCUGCUCUGCUUGGGGUCUCGCGCUUCUGGUGAAUACGAAUCAAGGGAAAUUGGCUCUAACGGCGGAUCGAGUGAGAGUAGAUCUCCGAGCAACGAUUUUGGUUCCUGUAUCGACGGCAAAUGUAUCAAGCGCACCUCGCAGGAUAUCGCCAGCGGCAUGUGGUUCGGCCCGCGUUUAGGAAAGCGAUACAAGUCAGAUGAGAAACAGGAAUUGAGUUCCGAGAUCGAGAUCCUUGCGAACGCGUUAGAUGGCGUGCGUUGGGCGGUCAUCACAAUUCCGGCUAGUGACAAGAGACAGCCUCAAUUUACUCCGCGUCUGGGACGAGGAUCAGGUGAGGACCUCUCUUACGGAGACGCAUACGAAGUCGACGAAGACGACCAUCCAUUAUUCGUGCCCCGUUUAGGACGACGGCUUCCCUGGAUACCAUCACCGAGACUCGGACGUCAAUUACGCAACGUAUUACGAAAACUAUAG